AUGGACAUCAAACCUUUCCUUCAUAAACACUACUUGUUGUAUGAUUGCUACGGUCAUUACGAUAAUAUUGAGGAGGCGAGUUGUGAUAAAUGCAAUCAGCAAAUUGAUGGGUGGGCUUAUAGUUGUGAAAGCUGCCGGAAGUUCUGGUUGCAUUCAUACUGUGCAGAAGAGCAACUGCCACCUCAGAUUUCACACCCUCUCCAUACCCAGCACCUCCUUACUCUCUUCAAGGGCUACGAUGUUGACGAUUUCAUUUGCGAUAAAUGCUUCACUCUUUCUCGAGGCCACAGAUACCAUUGCAGUGGUUGUAAUUUCAAAGUUGAUGUCUCGUGCGCUGCUUCCACCAAUGAUGCAGCACUGCUGAAAUUAGAGAGCAAAAGAUCUGACGAGGGAUUGAGAAAAAUUCAACAUUUCGUCCACACAAAUCGCUUGACGGGUAUCUUCAACUAUAGAAAAGUAGCAAAGAAACACUACAAUUGUGGUUGGUGUGAGAAGCAUCUGUCAGGAAUGACUUACGGUUGCUUUGAAAGUUACGAAAAGUUCUACAUCCAUGAAUCUUGCUUGAUCAAGAUACCCACCAAACUCUUAGGACAUCCUUUUCAUUCAUCACACCCUCUUUAUUUACAGCCAACGACAAUGGUCAACAACUCCGAGCCACGUUGCAAUGCCUGUAAAGAUGCAAUCCUUGGGAAAGCCUAUCGUUGUCAAAAGUGUGAAUUCCACCUGCAUGUUCUUUGUUUGAGACUCCAGCCCUGCCUAAAACAUGAGAUUCAUGAGCACAGUCUUACUUCUUUUCAAAAGAAUCUUUCUGAGGUUACUUACCAAUGUAACAUUUGCUAUUGGAAUAUCGGCGCAGAAUAUUGGGAGUACUGGGUGGACAGCGAAGCUUUGAUACCAAAACUGAUGAAGCAAGAGGAAACAGAGAAGGGCAAUGCAGAAUCUCAAAGUCAAGAUCUUGAGAGGGAAAUCGAACAUUUUACUCAUCGACAUUCCCUAAGCUACUAUGAGGUAAUUGAAAAGAAUGAAGAUGUUUUCUGCAAGGCCUGCGAUUUCGAAAUUCACGGCCAAGCCUAUGGCUGUGAAAGUUGCGAAUACUACUUACACAUUCGAUGCGCCAAAUUGUCCUAUGAAGUGCUGCAUCCUCUUCACCCCAAGCAUCCUCUCCGGCUCUCUAAUGAUAGUCAACCAGUUUUCUGUAAUGAAUGUGGAGACUUUUCGUUUGGGUUUAGCUACGUCUGCUACUUCUGUGAUUUCAAGCUUGAUGUGAAAUGCGUUACUUCAACCGAGCCUAACAACGAGGGUCAAAGGCUAAAAGAAAUGGCCAGAGAGUCAAAGUUGUGCCCUCUCGAGCAAGAUCACGAGCUUUCUUUCUUCAAUUUUAGGCACAAAGUCUAA